CAACAACAACAACAUUCGAAUCUAUUAUUCGAUGAUCAUAAUCUGAUAAAUAAUAAUAAUAAUAAUAAUAUUAUCAAUAGUGAUACAAUGUUUGCCACAUCAAGGCGAACAAAAGAAAGAAUCGAUGAAUUUGAAGCUCAAUUAGAAUGUUUUAUUAAAACAAAACGUUUAUUAUUGGAACAGUUUGCCGAAGAAACACAGAUACUUGUACAGAAACAUGAACGUGAAAUUAUUGGUUUACGACAAAAACAUCUUGUUUGUGAAAAUAAUUUCAAAUCACAAUUAUCGAAUGCAACGCAAAAAAUUCAAACACUUGAAACAAAAUUGGAAAAUGAACAAACAUUAAUGAAAUCGAAAAUCGAUAUAUUUGAAAAAGAUUUACAACAAUCACGUUAUGAUGCAAAAAUGAUGAAAGAUUCAUUGGAAAUGGCUUUGAAUGAAAAAGAUAAAGAUAAUGAUGAGCUUAGAAAAUUAAAUUUAAAUCUUGAAUCAAAAUUAAAAUUAUUACAAUCAGAAUAUAAUAAUCGACGACAACAAUUAGAGGAUAAACUUCGUGAAUAUGAAUUGAAUCAGGAUAAAGAUUUUCAAGAGAUUAAAAAACUAAGAGAUGAUUUAAGCCAAUCGCUCAAAGAAAUUUCUGUUCUACAUCGUGAACUUUCACAAUUAAGUGAAAGUAUAUCGAAUAAAGAUGCAAAUUGUUUAAGAUUGGAAAAUGAUUUAGAAGAAUGUAAAAAACAAUUAAAUUUAGAAAUUGAAUUGAAAAAAGAAUCAAACGAUAGAAUACAAGCAUUACGUGAAACAUUGAAAGUAAGUCAACAAGAAAAUGAUAAUUUACAGGCAAGAUUAACCGAAACACAACAUCGUAUGGGUGAAGAAAUGGAAAAAUUAAAAACAAUGAUGACUAAUCAACAGAUAAAUCAUGAACAAAGAUUUCGACGAUCGAUUGAAGAGAAAACACAAUUGGAAGAAAAAUUUAAAAAUGAAUUAUCAACUUUAGAACAUAGUUUACAAGAAUCAAGAAAUGAAUGUGAUAAUAUUCGUCAAGAAUUGAAACGUACAUUGGAUGAAAAACAUAAACUUCAACGACAAUUUGAAAAUCAAAUGGAAAAAUCUGCGACUGAAAAACAAUCAUUAGAAAUCAGUUAUAAUAAUCGUAUUAAUGAUUUGAAUAAAAAAUUUUCCGAUAAUGAAAAUAAAUUAAAAUCAAUCAACGAUAAAUAUGAAACAACAUAUAAUGAAUUGGUUAAAGUACAAAAUUAUGUUAUUAGUGUUGAGAAUGAUUUGAAAGCAAAAAAUUCCGAAAUCUUAAAUGUACAUGAAAAAUAUAACCUUUUGGAAAUGGAUCGAUUAUCAUUGUUAAGCGAAACAGAAAACAUUAAACGAUUAUUACAUCUGGAAACGGUUGAAAAGAAAGAAAAAUCCAGACAAAUUAAUGAAUUAAAUGAAUCAUUAUCAUCUAGUCAAAUUGAAAUUGAAAAACUUAAAAAUGUUAAUGAACAAUUAAAACGUUCGAUUGAAGAAGGUGAUAAUCUUCGAUUUACAUUGAUUAAAGAUUGUAAUGAAUUACGUGAAACAUUAGCUGAAGUAGAAAAAUCUCGUCUUGAUAUUAAAAGUAAAUUGAAUAGUUGUCAAUUUAAUUGUGCAACAUUGAACAAUCAGCUUAAAAAAAGAGAUCUUGAAUUGGAAGAUCUUAAACGUAAACUAAAUUCCUAUGGUGAAGAGAAAAAAUUCUGGCAACAGGAUUUAGAUUCAACUGGACAAUCAUUGACACAAAUGAAAACUGCCUAUGAACGAUUAUAUCAGCAAAAUGUUUUACUUCAAAAUAAAAUAUCACAAUUAGAAUCAGAAUCCAAUAUUCAUAAACAAAUGGAUCAAUCAAAUAAAACAUCACAAACAACUGAAAAAGAAAUGUUACGUCGUUUAACACGUGAAUGUGAACAAUUUCGUGAUCAAAUUGCUAAACUAGAAAGUGAAAAAAAACAUUUCGAACGAUUAUAUAUUCAAAUGGAACGUGAAUAUAAUUCAUUGAAAAAUUCAUUCAAUACACAAAAUCAACAACGUGAUUUUAUGAACGCACCAUUAUCACCAUCAACAAUAAGUGCACGUAAAGGUUCAACAAAUGAAUCGAUAUUAUCGUUAACACAACUUUUGAAAAAUGAUUUUACAACACCGAAUCCAGUUUGGGAUGAUACAACUAAUCGAAGCUUAGAAACAUUACGUCAGAAAAAUAAUGAACUUAAACAAAAAGUUCUUGGAAGACCGACGAACGAAACUAGCGAAAAGAAAACGAUGAAAAUGUUAUCAUCCGUAUCGAAGGCAAAUGCUAGUGAUUGCUGUGAAUGUAUCUAUCAUCAUCAUCAACAACAACAGCAACAAAAUCAUAGGAUUGAAUCAUCAUCGAAUUAUCGUAAUGGAGUAGGUGUGAAUAAUCAACAUAAACAUGAUUUAGCCGGUGCUGUUGUUGAUGAUGAUGAUGAUGAUCUAUUGUUGGUCGAUGAAAAUCGUAAUAAUAUUGUUCAUAAUGAUUUUGAAAUUAUGAAACAAAAUGAAAAUGAUCAUCAUAAUCAUAAUGAUGAUGAUGAUGAUGAUGAUUUGUUUGUCGAAAAACUUAAACAAGCUGAAUUAAAUGCACAGAAAGUGCUUGAAUCCUGUGAACCGGAGAUAAAAAAAUUAACAAAUAAAACAACAACAACAACAAUAAAAUCUGGAACAAAUUAUCAUUAUUCAAGUAAAAUUCCCAUUUCCGAUAAAUAGCAGCUUGAAUCAAUUUGAUGAAUAUUUUUUUUUGCAUAAC